AUGCUUCGCAAGAAAGAGGCGUUUACGCUGGUGACGCCAAUCCCAGGCUUCAUCCCGCGACAGCUGGCCAUCGACAUUCUGCACUCUCACAGCGAAGUCCUCACGCUCAACCCGCUUGUCCUCGGCCACAAGCCCAUCCCAGCGCCUCGCAAUGCCGCCGCCGACGAGUUUUACAGCACCUGGUACGAAAUCGAGGAGCGCAUCCAGGUGAUCCCCGGAAUGGGCAAGAUGGGCGCCGGCAAGAUCAAGUUCAAUGGCUGCUUCCACGACAUGCCCUGGGGCCUGCAGACUCACAUCUAUGCGCCCAUGAACAUUGACCUGCGCAACAAGUAUCGCAUUUGCGGCAACCAGCCCGGAAUCGAGCCGCCAGAGACGCGCGAGAUUGGCCUGGAAAGCCUGGGAGCCCCCGCCGACGGCCUCUACCUGCGCGAAGACAUCGAGUUCAAGUGCAACAUUGCCAUGGUCACCUUUGUCAGAGCCCAGCUCAAGGCUGCCAACCGGGAGAUGGUCCAGCGCAUCAUCAAAAAGGCCGAGCUCCUUGAUGCCGGCGUUCUCCAGGCCAUGAUGGAGGACGGCAAGCUCAAAACAGUCAACCCGAUGGAUCGCUCCGUCACGCCCGCAGUUGGCUCGAUGCAAGAUCCCAGACGGCAAUCUGCUUACGCGCAGAGCCCACACUUUGGACACCAAAGCCCACAGCUAGCACAAGCGUCCCAGAUGCCACCAAGCUACUCGCCGAACUACCCCCAACACGCUUAUCCUGCUGCUGCCCCCUCCCAGACGCCUCAGCUGCAGGACCCUCGCCAGUCCAUGUACCAGCAGCAGCAACACCAGAGCAUGUAUGCGCCACCGCCAAUUCCACCCAAGGAGCAAAUGGUCAUCAUGGAGCUUCCGGGCGACUUCCCUCCUCAAGUUUCUCCUGGACUUUACCCGUCUCCGCUGCCCAGCCCGGGAUAUCGCCCAGCCUCGGGAUCAUCAAGCGAUCCUCGAUGGUCACAACCUCAGCCAAGCCCAGGUUUGGUCAACCCACUCAGGCUGAGCAACGUGAGCCAACUUUCCACGAGCAGCGCAGGCGGAGGCCAUCCUCAUGGCUUUGUAAGCGAGCUUUCGACACACAAUGAAAAAUCAGAGUAUUAG